AUGCUAGGCUCCGGCAAAAGCAGUGGCAUGGUGAAUGAGGCCACCAACCUCAAAGCCAACCAGAACUUGACGUCAGCGAUAGAGGAGAUGGGGACAAAGGAGUACAUGCGUAACCGCGAUCUGACCGACGUGAUCCCCACGCACCGCCGCAAGAUGGGGGAGAAGCCGCGUGAUAACGGUGUGCCGGUGUACAACCCCGCCGCCGAAAAGGAGCAGACGCAGCUUGAGCGUGGGGCGCUGCCCAAAGACAGCGCCGAUGGCGACGAGAACGACGAUGAGGACGCGGAACUGCUGGAGCUUCGCCGCCGACGUGUGGCGCAGAUGCAGCGGCAGCUGGCAAGAGAGGUGGAGUGGCGCCAGAAGCAACACGGCGAGUACCGCGAGAUAUCGCAAGAUGAGUUUUUCAACAUCGUGGUGCGGGAGAAGGGUGGUAGCGAUAACGCCUGUGUGCACUUCUACCACAAAGACUUUGAGUCUUGCCGCGUGGUGGACCACCGCCUCUCUGAGUUGGCGCAGAAGAUGUUAUGCGUGAAGUUUGUUAAACUCGACGCGGAGAAGUCACCGUUUCUCGUGGAUCGGCUGCAAAUUAAGACGCUGCCGUGCUGUGUGCUGUUCCACAACGACGUGGCGGUGGACCGGAUCUACGGCUUUGAUGGUUGCAUGACGGAGGACGGAACACUCGACCCGGCUUUGCUGCACGAGCGCAUUAUGCGCGCGGUGAACCCCGGACAAGAUGACUAG